GGCGCAUGACACCUAACUCGUAAGCCGCAAGAAAAGCACAUGGCCGCCUUGUAGGUCAAAAUUAACCUACUUCUUCUCUUAAAAUUCCAUUCUAUUUCACUUCAUUGGACAAAAAAAUUAAUUGAUUAGUAUGCAAAAAUAAUUAUUUGGCAUAACUCUGCAAAAUGGGGAUUAGGUCAUUACAGGAAUUUAUCGAAACGCACUGUGCAAGUGCAUGUGUGUCAGUGGAUUUGCUGAAAAUAUCGAGAGGAUUCAUACCAAAAAGGCGUGGCAGGGAACCCGGAAAUGAGCGCUUCUGCCUUGUGGUCGAUGCAGAGAGCUGCCUAGACCGUCUGUACGGGGGAUAUUUCUCGGAUUGGGUUUGCGGGGGACAAUGGAAUCGUAUGAUAGCGUUCCUAAACAACCUGAUGCAGGCAUGUCACUCGGCCAAUUUAGAUAUGGUGGUAUUUUUCAACGGUGCAUUAGAGAGCCAAAAAUUAAACGAAUGGUAUGCAGAUCAAUUGAAUGCAAAGAAAAAAGUCACUUUUGUCUUGCGUCACAUCAACAACAAAGGGACCCCUCCCCCAAAGGUCUGGUGGAUCCCCCCUGUAUUCUUGCAGGGUUCCCUUCGCAUGGCCCUAAGACAGAUGGGUGUAGGGGUAGCAUGUUCAAUGGAUGAUCAUGCACAAGAAGUAAUUGGCUACUGUAGAGAACAUGGUCUGCAGGGUAUCAUUGCACAGGACCCCGUUUACACAAUCUUUGAUCCUCCUCGGUAUUUUUCAUCACAGAAUCUGAAGUUGACAUACAAAGGUUCCUUGGAAACAAAAGAAUACAUUAUGGAUGAAAUUGCAAAGAAUCUGGACCUAAAUCCAAAUAGAUUUUGUAUUUUGGCAGCUUUGUUAGGCAACCAUAUUCUCCCAGAUGAAGAUCUCUACUCUUUCUACAUUGAACUUCUAAGCAGAGCUGAUCCCAGUAAACCAGCAAAGUUGACUCCAGAAAAUGCUAUCCAGGCAGCUGUGGAUUUUGUCAGGAAUCUACCUAGUGUUGAAAAUCUGGAUGAAGUUGGAGAAAUCAUAUUCAGGAACUCCAAAGGGAACAAAACUGAGCUGGUGUCAAAGUUCAAACAAUGUGUACAGUAUUAUUUAAAUGGCACAAACGAUGGAUUUCUUAAGUACAGACCUCGGCUUGGACAAUUUGGUGCUACUCCAAGACAAGGAAAUUACGCAAUGUCACAGAGAAAUAUUGAUAACACUGGAUUUUCUGGCGAUCAUGUGCCUCAGGUGGUGGUUGAUCCCCCGACGGGUGGAAAUGCCAACUUUAACCAUAUCCCACCAGGAAUUCGUCAAGAUAUGUUAGCCGCUGUAUCCUCCUCCUCAUCCAGCAGCAGUGGUUCUAGUCCCAACAGAAACAGCCCAGAGGCCAACUGGUCCCAGUCCCUCAAAAUCCAGGCACAAAUGCACAGCAAACAACAGAACAAGUCAACCUCAGGAGACUCUAAAAUCCCACAGGUAUCCCCUGAAAUCAUGAGAAUCGCCAGUGAGAGGCACCAGAAGGGAUUGAUGCACCCUUGGAUUUAUCAGCUGCUGUCACAGGGAGAGAUGAAGAUCCCUGUGAGUUUGGAGGAUGAAGCCAGCAGGGAGCUGCCAACAGCAGCAGAGCUAUAUAAACCAAUCCGACAGACAGUAUACUCUGUACUCUUCAACCUCAACAAACUCAAGAUUAUCCACGAAAAUCAGGUCAAAGAGAAAGGUGAUGCUCCACCCUCUUCCCCCAAGUCUUUUGACAUACCAGUAAAGGAAUGGUCAGUCAGGAGGAACAAUGCUCGUCCUUCCUUUGACAUGGUCAUUGCUCGUCCAGUGGAAUGGAAGACCCCGUCCAUUGAACGAAUGUGGCUAGGUCAGCAGGUGGACGACAAAACUCGGCGCCUGAGGGCGUUCCUGACUUGUAUGGAAAGUGACACACCGCUGAUGCUGAACACACAAUAUGUGCCUCAACAACUCCUCAUUCUCUGCUGUGUACUAAGGUACAUGCUAAGGUUUGGUCGCAUCCUUCAGCGUCUGGAGUUAGAUGCUUUCCUUGCUAUGAGUGUGUCUCCACUUCUACAUGAUGUACAAACCAUGCAGGAUCUUAAGUUACCUAAUGUUUUGCCACGAGGAAUCCACUUGGCUUCCUUACUGAUGUCUGGUGUGGAGACAGCAGUGUUUGCUAAUGAUGUGUGUGGUGCCCCAAUACCCUGGAACAUGUGCCUUCCCUGGCAGUUCUUUGAUGGCAAGCUAUUUCACUUCAAAUUACUGAAGGCUACCAACAACACUCCACUGAUUGACAUGUGUGAUGGACAGGUGGAUCAAGUCCUGCAGGUGGAGAGAAUGAGACAAGCCAUCAUGGAGGGACUACAGUUUGAGUUUGCCAAGCCAAUGCUUCCCACCCCUUCCCUCUACACUAACUAUCCCUAUGGAUACCCGCCAUUCCCAAACCCAAACAACCCCAUGAACUUCCGCCCAGCAGGAAUGGGGCCACCCAACAAUAGAAUGGGCCGGCCAGGUGGAAUGCCUGCAGGAAUGGGACCACAACAGAAUCAGCCCAAGACUCCAGGAAGGGGCAGGGGAAUUCUGGGCCGCUCUCCAGUGGAUGCCCGUGGUGGACAGCUGGAAAUUGCGGGGGUUGUAGUAGGAAGCUGGGGACCCAAUAUUCCUUCCGCGGGCAGGGGACGUAACUCAGGACUGAGUCCCAGAGUAAUGUCUGUGGGCAGGGGAGAAAAUGGUGGAAAUGGCUACCCAAAUAGAGGAGGGAUGAACCCAAUGCGUGGAGGAAUGCCCCCGAUGAGAGGAGGAGGAGGCAUGGGUAUGGGAGGUGGACCAAUGAUGUUCCGAGGAAUGAACCGACCAAUCAGAGGACGCAUGGGACAGCCCAUGUAUGGGUAUGGCAGGGGAGCUAUGAGGAUGCCCAUGGACCGAGGAUAUCCCUUCAGGGGGCGUGGAGUUGUCAGAGGUGUUCGUCGACCACAGGUCAAAGUUAGACCAAGGCCCGGAAAAUUCAAACCAACUGCCAAGCCCAAACCAAACGGCAAAGGACGUGGAAUCACCAUUGAAAUUAUAGAAGAAUCGGUGGCAAUUUCCCAAGUGAAUGGCCACUCAGACGAUGCAUAUGAAGACGCCGAUGCUGACGAAAAUCUGACAACUCCAAUUGGUAAAGGCCGAAUCCACGAAGGAAUCCAGAGUCCAGAUAGUGGUAUCCAUGGUGACAAGUCUGCAACAGACAUCAAUGCAUAGACAGUCAACUCAUCCUAAUCAUCAUUUUCUUCUGCAAAGUUCAUGUGUGUGUGAAAAUGUUUAUCAUUACAGUGACAACAGUGUUAUGCAGUUUAAUAUUUACACACACACAUACACACAGACAAGGUGGGUACAGUGAUAGCCAGUCCUGUUUAUUUUUUCCCCAGAUUUCUAUUGUUUUCGUUAUAUUUUUUUCUUCCUAUUUUUUGUAUGGUGGACUGGUCACUGUAUUCUGUGAUGUGAUGUGGACAAGAAUCACACGAUUAUUCUCCUCAUCAUGUCACCCAAAAAUAUGGAACUGUUCAACAAGCAAAGACUGGCGAUUACAGAAUUUUCUUUAGUUUUAUACCUUAUUUUCCCCCAGAUGUUAGAUUUCCUCAAAGCCAGUGUUGGUGUCUUUGCUUUUUGAAUGGGGCCUAUAUUUCCAAGUUUCAGGGGACCUGGUAUGAACAAAACGUGUCCAAUUUUGAUGCCAGAUGUCUCAUGAACUAGGAAAUGUAAAAUCUUAUUGAGGUGUAUAAAAUGUGAAAUCAGAAAUGAACAACGUCCUCAGUAAGUGGUAUUUUUUGUCGUGAUAUUAGUUGAACGUGUUGAGAAAAAAAGGCUGCAAACUGCCAAAUUUUUUUCUGCAGCCUUUAUGUUUAACAAGAAUGCUGACUGAUAUUUUUUUGAUGAAGCAGUGGGGUUGCUCAAGAGAGAGAGGAGUUGGAAGAAUUUUCAGGGAGACAUUUUAUUCACAUCAUGUUUGUUGAACAAGGCCCUUACUAUUGUAAGGUGGCCUCUAUUGUUGCAUUUAUAUUUUCCAAUGGUGGUCUUUUGACUUCCAGUCCACAAAAAUGGUCGGAUGCCAAAGUCAAACACACUCGACUGGAAUGCUAGAGUUCAAAAUGAGGAUGUGAGCUGGUAGGACAGCCCUUGUGAAUCUUUUCUUUCAAGAUAAAGUUAUGAAAAUUCAGCUGUCAAAAAUAGCACUUUUUCUUGCAGAAAAAUGAAAAAAUGUAUCUUCUCUCUUUUCAAAUUUUAUGUAAAUUUGGUUAAAUCUUUGAAGAUUCAACUUUAAAUUCACCAAGCAUUUUUUUUUUUAAACUAAUUAAAAUAUUUUCAUCUUUUUGGGAUACUGGCAAACAGUAUGAGAAAUAAUUAAUCUGAUGUAUUUUGGAAAAUUGAUGUUGUAAAUGUUAAUGGGCUGUCUUGCUGAAUCACAGUUGAGGCCUUAUAGUUGACAUUGGUAAUGUAAGUAAGCGGAUGCAUGCACAAGUGUUCAAAUGGCCCAUAUUGUUUUUUUGAAUUUUAUACAGAAGACCUCUACAUUAUUUUUGUAUGUUUCUAUAUUAAUUUUUAUUAGCAAAACAAAUUGUUUGAAAAAAAGAUCAGUAUUUGUCAUGUGAAUUUGUGUGUGCUUUGUCCAAGGAAGGGAUUUUGGGCCUCAAUAUUUUUCAUUAAGCCACCCAUCUGAUGUUCUAGACAACACUGAAAAAAUUCUUUAUCUUUUCAUGCAGGACCUUAAUCUUUAAAACUGUAAACCAAGUGGAAGUUUCAGUUUGUUCUUUAGAAGCCUGUAUGGGUUCAACAUUCUUCGACAUCUGUGAUAUACUUGUUUAUUUCAUAUUUUUAUGUUUCUUUCAUGUAAAUCAGUAUUUUCUUGACUUUCAUUUGGUUUUCAGUUUUCCUGUAUCUAUUUUCUCUCUCAACAAAAAAGAAACUUAACUUGUUUUAUCAUUGAGCUUUCACUGUCUAGAAUAUGAUAUGGACAAGGGUUAAAAGAAAUUGGAUUAAAAAAAAACAAAAAUAAUGUAAUAAGUUGUGAUAAGGUUUGUUUAGGGUUUGGGCGGAAAUCUGUGUCAGGGUUUUUAAGUGUGCACACUUUGACGCAAUAUUACCAGUCAACUAGGAUGUAUAAACCAUUCUGGAAUUGACAAAGAAAGUUGGUUUUACUCUAAAUAAGAGUUUCAAAAUGAGUUUCAAAUGAGUCUCUGUUGAAAAAAAAAGAUGAAAUAGGGUAGGCAUAUUGAUUGUUAUAGCAAGGAGUGGAAUUUAAUACAUGUACUUGGUUAGGAAUAUUUUCUAUGUGAAUUUCAAAAUGUGUUAUACACGUUCAGGAGAGCAAAAUUCAAUCCACAGAAGAUGAUUUCGAGAAAUUCUUUGGUGUCUGUGGUGAAAAGAUACUUUAGAUGAAAGAUUUUAAACUGACCUUUGACAUUUUUGAUGUGUCCUUUAAGCUGUUGCCAUGGCAACUUGGACUGGAUAAGAAACAAGACUUUGUGAAAAUAGAGAUGAAUUUAAGAAGAAAUUAAUUCAAAUAAGGAUCUAAACUAUAUCAGAAUUGUUCUUUAUUUAAAAUGCACUCAUUUUUUCCACAGUGAAAAAUUUCCUCUGUGGAAUCUAUAUCUCAUUGGAAAUGUAAAAUGAGAUAAGAAGUGUAGAAAUGUAUUAGAAAAUGAACCAGCAACAGCUUCCUUAGAAAUGGUUUCUUCUUUUUUAAAACAAGCAGAACAACUAUAAGGAAAAGUUUACUUUUGCAACAAAAAAGUAACCAAAAAAAGAUUCAAGCAUGCUGAAGUAUCCAUGCUUAUUUUCAUUUUGAUUGAAAAAUCCCUGUAUCCGGCUGGAAAGGGAGAUUUAAUGGGACAUUGAAAAAGAGGAGUGAAUUUUUUUUUCAAAUUAAAUGAUGGAUAUCUCCUGGUCCCUAUUGUACAUUAACUAUUUUAAUUUUUUUUUUCUUUCAUUUUGUAUUAUGUAUAAUAUUUUAAUGUAAAGCUGAUUUGAUUGAUAUCAAAUAGCUAAGGUUUUGUAGUUAUUACAAAUGUUAAAUAUGCUUACGUAUUGAUUAAUGACUGGAAUUAAAAUGUCAAGAAGUCAGUAAUUUGGGGGAAAUUUCAUAAAAAUUAUAAUGUAGAAUCUUACAUAAAAUAAAUGUGGGGGGUUGGGGGUUGGUUGUGGUCUUGUAAAUUUCUUAGAAGGAAAAUCUCUGAAUUACUGGCUUCGUCUUUUGUAUUACUCUAUUUAUCAUGCAGUCUUGUGUGUUUCAUAAAGUGGUAGCAUUAUGCUUGCUUUCAAACAGAGAAAAAAAUAACGGUUCUUGGAAAGCUUCCAGGAACACAAAAAAUAAAAGCAUGUUGUAAAAAUAUGAUGAAUUCUCCUUCCCUCACUACAAGAUGAUUAUGUUGUAAAUUUGAAUAUUUGCUUAUCACAUUUUUUUUUUCUCUCUUGUUCUUCAAUAAAGUAAAGUUUUGGAAUGGAAAGUAGUUUAACAACAUAUGUGGAUUGCUUUGUACAGAAUAUUCCAAAAAUUGGGUUUUGUCAUUGAUUUGUAUUUAAAUAUUAUGUUUUUGAUAAUUUUUCACACUCUUUUUUGCCAUGAUUUUGUUGAAGUACAACUUUUAAAAUGUAGAAGAAAACUGAUUCAAAGCCAUUGCGUUGAUUGGUAAGAGUAAAGACAAUUAUGUCAGUAAUAAUGCUACAGGAACAAUUGCAUAUACACGUACCAACAAAUCAUGGCAUUGCUUUUUGUUUCACGCUGUUUUUAAAAUGUUUAGCAAAAUUGUAAAUGAGUUCUUUUUUAUAACGGUGUAUAGUUGAAAUUUGUUUUCUGAAGCAUGGCCUAUUUUUAGAUAUCUUUGGAUAAGGGAAUUCUUAUAAAAAACUUUUUUUCUUUCUAAAGAAGGACAUGUUUGAACAUUGCAUGAAAUGUGCAUGAAACAAUUUAUGUUCCUCUUGGUAGAUUUUUUUUUCUUUUUGCUCCGUCUUUGGCAUCAUAAUACAAUUUAUCCAGUAUUUGGAAGAAUGGUAUAUUUAUAUGUAAGCACUUAUCCUGUAGUUAUAAUUUCUAGCAAGCAAAAGUUGUGCUGUGUGGUAUUUUGAAAUAUGAUAGAAAAAAAAACAAUUUUUUAGGAGGACACCACACCCAGACAUAACUCUUGCUUGUAGACUUAACUCUGUAUACUUCGUGUAUUUGGUAACUUUGCCAAGUUUGACAAAUUCUCUUCAUAUAUUCUAUAUUGUGUACUACUCCUUGCUUAGAUAGAGAUACAUAUAAUAAUUUACUAUAGGUGAGAAUGACAGAUUAUUUUUGAGUUUUUAGGAUUUAAGGCCUUCAUGGUAUCAAGUAAAUGAAUUGCAAGCUAAGUCAAAAUAAGAUUGAGAGAGGUAUUGGUUAAUUUUUUGGCUCUUUGCAAACAAGUUAUUUGUUAGGAUUAAACUUCUAUACAACAAGACAAGAAUGGCCUGAGAUGGUUGAGGUUAGCCCAGACAUUAUGACAUUUGAAUGGACUGUCAAGUGUUUUUGAAUAAAUGUUGUUUUUGUGGA